GCUCCUACCGCCGCCGAGCGUGACUCCGCCAGGGAGGAGGGCGAGGAGACAGGGAGGCCGGGCAGGAAGCGGGCCAGGCUGUCUCUGGUUGAGCUCCCUGGUCACCUCCUGCGUCAGCGCACAGGAGUUUUCCACUGACGAAAAAGGGCAGCGCAAGCAGCUGGAGGAGGAGCGGCGGCGGCGGCGGCAACAGCAGCGGCGGCGCCCUCCAGAUCAGAGCAGCGCCAAACACGGACAGGCAGCUCAGCGCUUCUCUGCUGCUGCUGCCUCCGCGGCGAUGCGCGCCUGAACUGCCGCUCCGCCAGCCGGAUUUCCCCGAAGCCGUCUCUGCAUUUCUCCGGCGGAUGUCCCUGGAGCCUCGAGCGGCGCCGAUAGAAGAAAAAAAUCUCAUCCUAAUCAUGACAGGAAUGCUAAAACGGAAACAUGAUGAAUUGGAAGAUGAUGUUUCAUACAUCUCCUCUUCAUCUUCAUCAUCUCCUUUCUCAUCUUCUUCAGCUUUGUCAGGUUGGGAAUCUGACGAAGACAACUCUCAAGGAGGCAUCAAGCCCACCAUGGCCUUAAACAUGGAUUUCACCCCCACAUCCAUCUUGAAGAAGAGCAAGAGGCAGAAGAAGAACAACGUUGAAUUUGACCGGGUCACCGUUUUCUACUUCCCGCGUUGCCAAGGAUUCACCACCGUGCCUAGCUGUGGGGGCUGCACUUUGGGGAUGGCUAGGAAGCAUGGCUUCUCCCGGGAAUUCACCAUGUCGGAGUUUUGCAGGCAGCAGCAGAUUGUCCGGCGUGAGAAAUUGAAGGACAGGCUGAAAGAAGAGAAACUGGAAGCCCUUAAAAUGAAACUGACUAUGAAUGGUACAAAGGAGUCGGAGGAAGCCAAACGGCUGACCGUAGACGAUAUCUCAGUGGACGAUGUCGACAUCAGCAACAUGGAUCUGAGCAAUGGAUUCUUCCUCCAGCCUUACACCACCAAGAAGAGGCGCGCCUUGCUGAAGUCCAUGGGAGUCAGGAAGAUUGACAAAGAGGAGAAGCAGCAAUUGCAAAGGAUUCGCCUUUCUCGGGAAAACUGUGGCUGUAACUGCCAGGGGUUUUGUGACUCCGAAACCUGCAGCUGCAGUAUGGCAGGAAUUAAAUGCCAGAUGGAUUACACCUCCUUUCCUUGUGGCUGCACCAGAGAUAGCUGUGGGAAUACAGAGGGGAGAACUGAGUUCAACCAAUCUCGGGUGCAGACGCAUUUCAUCCACACCCUCAUGAGGCUGGGAUUGGAAGAGAACCAGCAAAACGAUGAUGGGAAUCUUGAGUCUGAGCUAUCCUUCCGAGAUCAUCUUCACCCAUUCGCCUAUCCGGUCAAGAAGGCCUCCCAUGAAGAAAGGGCCGUCACGCUGAUGCCCGUCUUCAACUUCAGCACCACCUUGGAGACCGUCAACGAGAACAGCUCCAGUAGCAACAUGACCGACUCAUCGGCGUCAUCCAAUCAGAGUGAGGAUUUGGAAGAGUUGUUUGAAAGUAACGCGAAGUCACAAUCAGACAUCGAUGACAACGGCCUGGCUCGGAUCCUCCACUUCAAUGAUUCGGAUGGAGAAGAAGACAUCAGUAACGCUGGCCACUGCCAGGAUAAUUUGAGUUCUUUCCACCCUUCUGGUUUCUUCAGCGUGGAUGUGGAAAACCAGUGUGCUACCAACCCUGUUGAAGAGAUGGGCUUCAGCAAUAGUUUCAGUUAUUUAACAAACAUCGGUGAUUGCUUGGAUGAGAAUGCCAAUCAGGCACCGAGCUGUAUCCUUGAGGAGAUCCCCGCUGGAGACGGUGAAAAAGGUGCCAGCUAUUCCCCAUCUUCCUUUGAAGAACCAGACUCCAAGAACUACAUGGAUCUGAGCUUUUCCUCCGACUCUUUGGAUGUUUUCCAGCCCUUCUCGGAUUACAACCUGGGACCUCUGUAUAACUCCUUGAAGGAAUAUGAGAAUGUGGACAACUUCACAGUUUUGCAACUGCAAUUGCCAAAUCUGCCCACCUUAGUCCAACCUGCAGAUCAGAGCAGCUGCUUUCUGGAGUCCUUGAUUGGGUUGUCUGAAUCCGUCCCAGAAAUUCCUGCACCUUUUUCAGACAACCAGCUUCUUGAAGAUGCCAUUAAAUCAUCUCUAGUAGAGACCAUGAAGGUUUAAAUUUUUAUACUUUUUUUUGUGUGUGUGUGUGAAAGGAAAACUGGACAAUUUCUCAUUUCCUAUGGUGAAUAAACAUUCCUUUUCUUUUCGAUGCUGAGAAGAUGAUCUUUCUAAGAAGAUAAAUCAAUAUUGUUUUAAUUUUGGACACUGUCGAGAAAAAAAGUGCUAAAGUUUUUGUUUGUUUGUUUUAUACUAUUUGUGGAAAACCUUUUGAGAUCUUAAUGGCAUUUUGGGUGGGUGGGUGGAAGAUGAAUUUUGCAACUUAAAACACAAUUUUCUUGCAUUUUGUAUGGGGAUGGGGAAUGGGGAGACUUUGUAAGGAAUAUUGCUUGUAUAUCUUUUAAGUUUGUGGAUUACCGACCCAGCACCUUCUGCAAACAUGCUGAAAUGUUUGUGGACAAUUUUUCUGCAAUCGCUUUGUGAGAGUUACAAAAGUGUAUUUAUUGUGCAAAUGAUUUGCUAUUGAUGAAAUGGGAAAACGUUUACAACCGGGGAAAUAAUUAUGUUAUUUGCAUUAUUUCUUUGCUCCCCUAUUUAUUGGAAAGGAUCACCAAUUUAAACAAGCUUCAACAAAGCAUGGGACUUUAUUUAAAUUAGUUAUAGUUUAUAUCAUAUAUUAUGUACAAUCGGUUUCUUUUUGCAUAAUAUAUAUUAUUUAUUUGUCACAGGCUUCUUGGUUAGGCUGUGGUCAGUUAAGGUGCUGAAAGGGAAAGAGAUAUUUGGCAGACCAGCCCUUGAUUUAUUUGCAUUUAAGGUAAAAUUCCCUUACUUUGUCUCCCCUUCACCCCCUUUGGAUUAAACACCAAGAUGAUGACAUUUUAAGCUGCAUCUUCUCCUUCCACCCUCCCUCCCUAAUUCCUUCCUUCCUUCCUUCCCUCCCUCCAUAAUUCCUUCCCUUCCUUCCCUCCUUCCCUCCCUCCUCCCUUCCCUCUCUUCCUCCCUCCUUGCAAGAAUUAAGGAGGAAGGGAGGGCGGAAAGGAAGGAAGCUUCCCUCCCUCCCUAAUUCCUCCUUCCCUCCCUCCUCCCUUCCCUCUCUUCCUUCCUCUUUGCAAGAAUUAAGGAGGGAGGGAGGGCGGGAAGGAAGGAAGCUUCCCUCCCUCCCUAAAACCUCCUUCCCUCCCUCCCUCCUCCCUUCCCUCUCUUCCUCCCUCCUUGCAAGAAUUAAGGAGGGAAGGAGGGCGGAAAGGAAGGAAACUUCCCUGCCUCUCUCCCUCCCUAACUCCUCCCUCCUCCCUUUCUCCCUCCUUGCAAGAAUUAAGAAGGGAGGGAGGGAAGGACGGAGUUAGGGAGGGAGGAUUCUUUCCUUCCUUCCGUCUCUCCACCUCUCCCUCCCCCCUUAAUUCCUUCCUUCCUCCCUCCCUCUUUCCCUUCCUCACAUAUCUCCGCUAUGGAUUUGAAAUCCUAUUCCACAAUCUUGGAUUCCUCAAGGAAGAAUUUUAAGAAUCUGGCAUGGGAGGGUGAGGGGAAAGGUCUCAGAAGGUUUAAACAGAUUGUCCCCAAGCUUUUUAUCUCUUUCCCUUCCUUCCACCUUUCUUCUGGCAAUUCCUAACCUUGUUUUCCGGAGUGCAUUGAAUUGAUUCCAAAGAUGUCUUGCUUUGUAAUGCAGAUGCAGAUGCAGUCUAGAAGUUUUGGAUCUAAAUUUGGAUAUAUUAUAUUGCUGCCUACUUCAGAUAUUUGGACAAAGUAGGGCACAUGCAGUAAAGGGCACUACUUUUACUGGAGAUUAGCCGAACUCUGGAAUAUUUGUGAUGGAUAUAACUGCUGUGCAAUUGUUUUGGAAUCAUAGCCAUUGCUUAGCAAAGAAUUUGAGCCUUAGAAGGUGUGAAUGGGAGCAUUCUAAAUCGGUGUUUCUCAGCACUUCAACUUCCAGAAUUUCCCAGCCAGCAUAGCUGGCUGCAGAAUUCUGGGAAUUGAAAUUACACAGUGUAAAGUUGUUGGAAUUGAGAAGAACUGUUCUAAAUGCUGCAAUACAGCUGAAAGCGACUGCUACAGGCAGCCUUUCACCUGCAAAGUUCACGCAUUGUAUUAUGAAGAGCAGAGUCUUGCUACUAUUUAAGUAGGAAAAAAACACCCCUGAUUUCUACAGUUUUGUACUUGAUAAGACUGGUAGUUAAAUAUGACAAAUUAUCAAACUCUAAACUAUUAAGACAGAGGAACAAAAACCUAUGAACUAUUUAACAAAAGAGAGAGAGAGUUUACAUUGUGUUAUAAAUUAUUAUUUUUAUUUAUUUAAUUAUCUAAGGAUUUGGCCAUGGAACCUUGAUAGAAAAUACCUUAUUUGUCGUUAUGGAUGCCCACCUAGAUUGGAGAGGUGUGGGCAAGUAUCAGAGAACAUUUUACAGCCUUGGGAGGAGAACGAAGGAGAGAAAUGUGUUAUUAUUUCAGAAAUUUUGGAUCUCUUAUGGGAGAGGACAAGGUAGAGAUCCAUUUAAUUCCCAAAAAGUUGUAGUUCUCGUUGCUUGAGUUGGGGUGACAGAUUGUGAUAGCUACAGACCAGUAUUUUGAGUGCUCAGGAGUUCUCUUGCAACUUGACAACGGAUGAUAGUUUUAAUCUUCUAAAAGAACAUGAAAACAGUCCUAGUCAGCAAUCAUUGCCACUGUAGCUCAAAGUUUAAUGCUCAGAGUUGGUUGGAAGUGGAGAAAACACUGGGUUUUUGUUUUGUUUUUGCAUUGGCCAAGCCAGGAGAACAAGAUACUUUUUAUAAUAAGCCGAUUUACAUGAUUUAGAAUGAGAGGGAAGUAUUGCAUUACUUGUUGCUGAAAUUCUGAGGAAAACCAUCUAGAUCAGCGUUUCUUAAACUUGAAAACUUUAAGAGAUGUGGAUAUGGUCCCGGAAGUUUAAGAUGGCAUCUGUAAAACCCAGAGAGAGCUUCAAUUGCACUGUUGGGGUACCAUUGUGAAAGUUUUGGGCCCACAAAAGAACCAGGUGGAGCUUCCAUCUCCUGUCAUGGCUGCCAUCUUGACUCUGGGGGAUCAUAUCCCACAGAUCUGCUGUAAUAACUUCUUACCAGGUUCGGUUAGGGUACAUAAUGGGGCUAAAGUUUUGCACAUUUGUGCGUUGCUAUCUUCCCUAGACUACCAUACUGUAAAAAGAGAAGGUUGCUAUUCAGGAGAAGGGAGCGGGAGAUAAUUUGAUAUGACUUCCGCAGCUUCUGGUUACCGGAGUCUUAUGGGUGACUUGAUUUAGGAUAGUUGGCUUUAGGGGUUAGGAGUUGCCCAGGAGGGUGCCUUUACGGUCUGGGAAAUUGGUGGUGUGCAGGGGGUGGAAAAAACAACAUUUUGGUCUUUUCAUUGUCUGAGCUGAUCGACCUUGCCCUUUGACCUUCAAUAAUUUACAAAGGGCCCCAAAUUUCUUCCCAAGUUGGGAAGCUUUUGUGAAGACAGCUGGCCCCCAUCUGGUCUAUGUGAAGAAACAGUUAACAAAUGAUGGCAGAAUAAAAUGUCUACAGAAAUAAUGUGGCAUAAUCCUGCUGUGGACAGCUUUUCUUUUUAAAAGUGGAUAUUCUAAUUUUCCCUAUUUUUAUUUAAUUGAUGGGAUUUUUUUUAUAUAAAAAAACAAUUUAUAUUAAUUAUUACUUUAUAAGUUUUUUUCCUCUCUGGGUACUGUUUAUGUAUAUUUUUUUGGCACUAAUGCAAUCACUUUUAGAACAUUCCUAUUUUCUUGGCAUAUUUUUCUAGAAAACAGCUUCGUUUUCCAAUGAAUGUCGGUGGGGUAAUGGACACAGUAGUUUCGUCCUGCCUUCAUGUUUCCCCCACCCACCUGCUUUAAUUUAUUCAUUUUGUUUUGGCACCAAUCCUCACUUCAGUAUGCACUGACUUGUAAAUAAAUGCAUAUUUCCUCUUUCUGCAUAUUAUGUUCAGACCCAUUGUUCUUUUGAAAAAAAAAAACACCAACCUGAGCUAAAUCUGGGUAUUUAUUGACAUAAUAUGUAACUAGCCAAUGUAUUGAUGGAAGUCAUUUGAUUUAAACCGCUCUGCCUUUGUUUUUUGAAUAUUUUUCUGUGUAUAUAUUGGAUUCAUGUUGCUUAAAGGUACAGAUUUUAUUUUUCCUUUUCAUUUGCUGUAUAAAACCAAACCAACCAACCAAUCAAAAAGCAUUAUCCAGCCAAGUUGCUGUCUCUCAUUUUGUUGAAGCAAUAUGAAGAAAUUUUUUUAUUAUCCUUUCAAUUAAAAAAAUAAUGAAAAUAGA